AUGAGUGAUAAAGUAUUCCUCUUCCCAACACCAAGUAAUUCAGCUCAUGUAAUACUAAAACCUGAGAUGAGAAAGUCACUACAAAAGUUCAGCGUGUGUCUUCGAUCUAAUACGGAGCUUACACGGGGAUAUGGUCUCUUCUCACUGGCAGUGUCUGGCGGUGACAACUCCUUCCUUAUUUUCCCACAACCAUCAAAUGUCUACAGUAUGACCGUACUCCAGGAAGAAAUACUUCUCAAGACAGACCAUGUGUCACUGGCCUGGAAACACAUCUGUGCGACCUGGGACUCCACCACUGGGGAAUUCCAGCUUUGGGUCAAUGGGAAGCUUUACCCAAAAAGAGUUUUAAAGAAAGGGUUUACUAUCCAAGCCCAAACAAGUAUAGUUUUGGGGCAGGACCAAGACUCGUUUGGAGGAGCUUUUGAUAUUAAUCAGUCGUUUGUUGGUGAAAUUAGUGAUGUCCAUAUGUGGGAUUAUGUUUUGACACCAGAAGAAAUAGAGGGAGUUAUGUCUGGGCAUGUCAAAGGAAAUCACAUUAACUGGAAUUCUCUUAACUAUGAAAUUAAAGGGAAUGUUCUGAUUCGACCCAAGCCCCAAUGUAUGUCUUGGAUGCUUAGCAGCUCAACACAUGAAGAAUUCUUACUGGGUUAG